GGCUCGACCAAUGAGCGAGCGGAUCUAAAAGUAAUCAGUCCUGCCUCGGAGAAUGCUAGCUAGAGAUACUCGGUAAUGGCGACAGGCUUGCCUGUUCAGGUGAUAUGGCAUAGUAUGGUGUGGGAAGUGAAGACUCAGUCAGUGCCCCAAAGAGUCCAGAAACCCCAGACAGACUGCUCAGGCAUGGACGAAGCCUUUGACUUGCUCAAAUGUAAUGAGGACCUGCCCUCGUCGCCAGGUUGCCCCUCCAGUGACAGCCACAUGGAAUAUGAUGAUCUCCCAGAGCUGCAGGAGGUGCAGGAUGAUCAGUCAUCCACAGAGGUGUUCCAGGUAACUCCAGAUGUGUCACAUGAGGAAAGGCCUGGGCACAGCAGGAACCUGCAGUUAGAGAGCAGCUCCUCACACACCAACUGGCUGACAGAGUUAGCCAAUAUUGCCACCAGCCCCCAAAGUCCCUUGCUGCAGAAUGUGCCUCACACCCGCUCCUCUCCUGUGCACAUCUUUGCCGGCAGUAACAGUUUACAUUCCUAUGCUAGGCCUCCUUUGGCCUCCAGCAGUGCUCCCAGCCCUGCUCGCAGCCACAUGAGAGAGCGUCGCCGCGUGCGGGCCAGCAGUGAGUCUGAAUCGGGGAUAUUCUGCAUGUCCUCAUUGUCAGAUGAUGACGACAUGGGCUGGUCCCAUUCUGGGCCUUCCACUGUCUGGCACUGCUUUUUGAAAGGCACACGCCUGCGCUUCCACAAAGGGCAAAAUGUGGAGUGGCAGGAUGUAGAGGACCUGGCUGAGUCAGAGGAUGAGUCUGAUGAUGAAGGAGGCAUGCACUUCAGUCCUAUUAAGAGUUAUGGAUCCGAAGGCUUGAAACUUGUGGCCCUGGAGGAGACUGUGUCUUUUGGUCAGUCUGUUUUGCAACUAACCUUUGACCCUGGCUCUUCAGAGACUGGCCUUCUAACUGCUGAGUGCCAAUUGGACCAUCCAUUCUAUGUGAAAAGUAAAGGAUGGUCCUCUUUUUAUCCGAGCCUUACUGUGGUGCAGCAUGGCAUCCCCUGUUAUGAAAUGCAGGUUGGGGAUUUGUGUCUGCCGCCGGGACACCGUGAUGCCAUCAACUGUGAUGACUCAACUGUUUUUGACACCUUCAGGAGUUACGACUUUACCCCUCUGGACUCAUCUGCUGUGUAUGUGCUGAGCAGUAUGGCACGUCAGAGAAGAGCCUCACAGUCCAGCGGAGGUACGGUGAGCCCUGACUGUGAGAAACUUGAACGAUCUGGCUCCUCCCACCACUCCUCCAGUAGCAAAUCACGCAGCCACUCCUCAGGCGGCGGUGGAGCCACACCCACAAAAUGCAAGCGGCCAAUGAACGCCUUCAUGCUCUUUGCCAAGAAGUAUAGAGUGGAGUACACGCAGAUGUAUCCUGGAAAGGACAACAGAGCCAUUAGUGUGAUUCUGGGCGACAAGUGGAAGAAGAUGAAGAACGAGGAGAGGAAGAUGUACACAAUGGAGGCUAAAGCAUUGGCUGAGGAACAGAAGCGCCUCAACCCAGACUGCUGGAAGCGCAAGAGGACUAACUCGGGCUCGCAGCAGAACUAGCCUGAGGAAUGCGGGAGACACAUGAACUGGACAGAGAGACUGACGCCACCUAUCCCGCCUUCUUCUGUAAAAGCGAUGAGGCUUAAAUGUGAUGCUAAACACACUCGCUAAUAAUAAAAUAAAUAAAUCAAUAAAUACAAACAGGUAUACAACUUCAAGUAAAAUAAAAAAACAAGACAAAUAAGAUAUAUAAACUAUAUAAAACCAUAUAAUCUAGUAAACUAACAGUGCUUAUAUAUUUCUUAUCUUUUUAAAAUGUAUGGAAAUGCCUUAUUCUUCCAAAGUAAGACAACGCUCAGUUCUUCUUUCAGGUAAUUUCAUAUUUCUAGGCUUGAAAGCUGAGACCCUGUGGUGCUAUUUUAGUGAGGGCGAAGGAGCAGUAUAUAUAAAAAAACAAAAGUCUAUUUUUAAAUGUAAAAAGGGGAAUUUUAGAUGUUAGCUAGCUUGUUUUCAGCUGUUCAUAUUAAUUAUAUUUGUAUAACUCAAUAUUGCACAGACUUGAUGUAUUGCAAAUGGACGAAAACUGUUGAAUUUCAUAUUCGUCAGUGAUCUGGGAAGGGUUGUAUUCUGUAGACACCUAUCCAGCCUAGACCAUAUACUGUGUGUGCAUGUUAUGUAUGCGAGUGAGUGAGCACAUGAGUGUGUGUGUGUGUUUUUUGUGAGUCAGAGUUUGAGAGAGCGUGCGAGCGUGGAUGAUUGUGCACCAUCCAGCCGGCCAUAUUACAGUGUAUAUCAGGCUUCUACAUAAACAUACACAUACUUACACACACACUUGAAUACCUACAGACACUCACAUAAACAUAUAGACACACACAGACACAUCCUCUCUCACACACAGCACUUCAGGGCCAUGCCUUCACUGUAAGUGUUUUUGUUUUUGCACUUUAUAUACAUACAUAACCUUAUACAACCAGUAAAUGUAUACAAGCUGAACAUUUGUGUAUAAAAUUCUAUAUAUCUUGCUAAGAUAUAUUCUCAUGACACAAUCAUGGCCAAACUAUAUUGCUUUGCAGGGUUGCCAUUACAUUGAAAAAAAAAUUAUAAAGAAAAAAAAAAAAAAGAAGUAAACCAUUGUUGAUAAUGUACAGGUUCACGUUCCCAUCCAGUUCUUGCACAAAACUAUUCUUGUAUCAUAUUAUAAAUAAAAUUUUAAACUUGCUCUCUGGUAA